AUGCCUCACCAGUCUACCCACCACAGCUCUGGACACUUUAGCUCCUGCUCCAGUUUGAUACCUAAACAUGUUAGCACUUCCUCAUACUCACCAAAACAUGGAGGUUCUGCUCACAAGUCAGUAUCUUGCUUUAGUAGUAAAAGUGCCUAUAGUUUUGGUUCCAAAGCACCCAAGAUUUCAGUAGGAAGUUGUUAUUCUGGAAAUAGUGGGCAUGGAUAUGGAUCUGGAUAUGGCUUUGGAGGAAUUGGACGUGGAUUUGGUGGAUCAUCUUGCUCUGGAGGUAUCACCUCUGUUACUGUAAACCAAGGUCUUCUGGCACCACUCAACUUGGAGAUUAACCCCAACAUUCAGAGAGUGAGGACUGAAGAGAGGAAUCAAAUUAGAGGUCUCAACAACAAGUUUGCUUCCUUCAUUGACAAGGUGCGCUUUUUGGAACAGCAAAACAAAAUGCUUGAGACCAAAUGGAAUUUGCUUCAGAACCAAAGCACUGCAAGGUGUCAGACUGAACCUCUAUUUGAGUCUUUCAUCAGUAACCUCAGGAGACAGUUAGAGAAUCUAGGAUGUGAGACAGCUCGUUUGGAUGCAGAAAGAAACAAUAUGGAGCAAACAGCAGCAGAAAUAAGGAGGAGAUAUGAAGAAGAAGUUAAUAGACGCACAGCUGCAGAGAAUGAAUUUGUAACAAUAAAGAGGGAUGUUGAUGCAGCAUUUAUGAACAAAGCUGAGCUGCAAGCAAAGGCUGAUUCCCUAAGUGAUGAGAUCAACUUCCUGCGGACCCUGUUUGAUGCUGAAAUUGCUCAGCUCCAGGCUCAGAUCUCAGAUACAUCAGUGGUGGUUUCCAUGGAUAACAGCAGAGACCUGGACCUGGACGGUAUUAUUGCUGAGGUCAGAGCUCAGUAUGAGGAGAUCGCUAACAGGAGCAGAGCUGAGGCUGAGGCCUUGUACCAGUCAAGGUUUGAGGAGCUUCGCAUGACCGCAGGGAGAAAUGGCAAUGAUCUGCAGAACACCAGAAAUGAGAUUGCUGAGCUCAACCGAACAAUUCAGAGACUUAGAGGGGAGAUUGAGAGCGCAAAAUCACAGCGUGCUGCACUGGAGGCAGCUAUAAGUGAUGCGGAGGGCCGGGGAGAGGCAGCUGUCAGAGACGCCAAGAAUAAACUGGCUGAGCUGGAGGCUGCUCUGCAGAAAGCUAAGCAGGACAUGGCUCGCCAGCUGCGUGAGUACCAGGAGCUGAUGAACGUGAAGCUGGCGCUGGAUAUUGAGAUUGCGACUUAUAAGAAAAUGCUGGAGGGAGAAGAGUGCAGAUUGGCAGUAGAAGGUCCAGUUAAUAUCUCUGUGCUACACUCCAGCACUGGAGGAAAAGAAAGCGUUGGAGGAUCGUCCCAUAGCGGAAGUAGAAAAAGCUUCAGUCAUCGUGCUGCACUGGAGGCAGCUAUAAGUGAUGCGGAGGGCCGGGGAGAGGCAGCUGUCAGAGACGCCAAGAAUAAACUGGCUGAGCUGGAGGCUGCUCUGCAGAAAGCUAAGCAGGACAUGGCUCGCCAGCUGCGUGAGUACCAGGAGCUGAUGAACGUGAAGCUGGCGCUGGAUAUUGAGAUUGCGACUUAUAAGAAAAUGCUGGAGGGAGAAGAGUGCAGAUUGGCAGUAGAAGGUCCAGUUAAUAUCUCUGUGCUACACUCCAGCACUGGAGGAAAAGAAAGCGUUGGAGGAUCGUCCCAUAGCGGAAGUAGAAAAAGCUUCAGUCAUGUGUCCAAACAUAGCUCUGGUCAUGGCCACUGUUAA